AGACACACUGAACCGAUGUUAAACGAAGACUUGAUAUCAGCAUGUUUAAUUUGCGUGAGGAAAGGGAGACGUAAAGACAAGGAUUCUCCAAGCCCGCUUGUCCAAGAUGAACAACGACAAUAUCUACAAGACCCUUGUGUCCAGGAGAGAAUUAUUCAAGCUGAUUUUGAAAAAAUUGUUGAUAUUCCAUUUAGUUUGGAUUAUUGCGAAUGGUUAGCCACACAUGUAAUCUCAUUUUUCAAUCAUGUCAAUCUGUUAUAUGGAGCAAUAUCAGAAUAUUGCACCCUGGAAGGUUGUCCUCUCAUGAAUGGGCCUGGAAACGUGCAAUAUUUUUGGCAUGACGAAAAGGGCAAGAAGUUCAAGUGUACAGCUCCAGAAUAUGUAGAUUAUGUUAUGUCAUUUAUCCAGAAGGAUAUUCUAGAAGAAUCCAUUUUCCCAACAAAGUUUGGCAAUGCUUUCCCCAGUACGUUCCAAAUGAUAGUGAAGAGGAUCCACCGCUACCUGUUCCACGUGUUAGCUCACAUAUACCAUGCUCAUUACAAUGAAGUGCACAUCCUUGGCCUUCACGGUCACCUGAAUACACUCUUUGCACAUUUCAUGGUCUUCAACCUUCGCUAUGACUUGCUAGAAGAAAAAGAGACCGAUGUGCUCCAAGACUUGAUAAAGGCCCUGACCACAUUUGUACCUGCUGAAACUAUGAACCCCUUGACUUCGACGUCUGGGGAAGAGGGCGCAGCAGAUAGUGACAAUACUGCCCAAGCGACAGCAACGGCAGGACCGCUUGUAUCAUCUUCCACGAAUGAAUUAGAAACAGAAGUGACACAAACUUAAUGAUUGCUAGCUUUACACCUUCCACAUAUUAGAGAGGGGGCAGGAAGGGGAGGAAUAGAUUGAAACAAACAAACAACAAAAGAAAACAACAAGGAAACAAAACAACAACCAUGAAAAUGGUAACAAAAAAUAUUCAAAAAAAAAAAAGAAAAGAAAAGAAAAGGUGUAGUAAGCUGUAGAAGCUGCAACAUGAAGAACAAGAAUAUAAUUCUAUUUUACUGCAAAUUGUUCAGUCAGAUCUCAAGCGCAUGUUCUGCUCGUGUGUGUGUGUGUGUGUGUUUGCUUUGAUAAUAGCCAGCUUCCUCUCUGUUUUGUGUACAGCAAUAAUAACAAACGAUCCCAUUGAUUAGAAGUAGAGAAGAAAAGAAAGAAAAUGACGGAGCAUUGGACAGUGUCCAGGAGAGAAAUCCCCCUCCCCCACCCCUUUUGGAACCCCCUAAUUCAAAAGUCGUGGCUGUAGUCUUCGUUCUACAUCAAACCGAAAGGAUCAGGAAAAAAAGAAAAAAAAACUUAGGCGAAAAAAUUUUUCAAGAAGAAACAAAAGUGAUAUUCUGUGUGAGCGAGUGCGUGAUGGUGAUUGCAUGUGUACAUGUGCGUAAGGCCAUGUGGAUACAGUCACACAUGCAUGUCUAGGGCUAUUCUUCCAAUUACCAUGUAGCCAUUUUUGUUGGGUUUUUUUUUUUUCUUAUACGUGACAAAACAUGAAAAGCUGCACCAAAUGGGAUCAGAUAUUUAUUUUCAUUUUUUGACAUUUGUUAUUUAUUUUUUAUCUUCAACUACCCCCACCCCUUUCCCCUCCCCACUAAACGUGUUUAAGUUAACAUAUGUGCACACACACACACGCUAACACUCAAUCACACACACACCUCAAUGAUGUAUGUAUAAAUAUACCCCAUACAUUUGUAUGUGUUUUUGACAUACACACACCUAUACACACAGACACACACCUAAUUGAUUAGAAGAAGCUACAUCCUCUCGGCUCCCUUGUUGCUGUUUCCGUGUCCCCUUCACUUUUCCAGAAAUCUCUACUGACACUGGAAUCCAAUCAGUGGAAUCCAUCCUUGAAGAUAAAAAAAAAAAAACCCAAAC